AAGGGUGCUUUUGAAUUUUUUCUUGUUUGUAAUCAACAACAAAAAUGGCACCUGCUCUCAAGGAAGAAAAGAACACAACUGCUACCGUCGAUCAAGAAGAACAAAUGGAUGUUGACGAAACUUCCGAAGUGGAAGAAAACUCAGAUGAGGACAUGGACGAAGAGCCUGACUUGGUUGUCAGUGCUGACAAGAUUGAAAUCGUAGGUAGCCACGCUGAUCCUACUGCUAUGACUUUCUGUUUCAAGGAAGAAGACCAUACACUUGGCAACGCACUUCGUCAUGUUAUCAACAAAAAUCCUCAUGUUGAUUUCUGUGGUUAUUCUAUUCCUCACCCCUCAGAAGCUAAAAUGAACGUUCGUAUUCAAACCACAGAUAAGACAACUUCAAUAGAUGCUUUGAAGACAGGUCUUAGCAAUUUGUAUGAUUUGGUAGCUCAUGUGCGUGAAGCUUAUGCUGCUGAUUUAGCCAAGAAAGAAUAUGUUGAAUUUGAAGAAAUUGCAUAAAUACUCACAAAAAAAACAAUAAGCAUUCUAUUUAUCCCAUGUAUACAUCAUUACCAACAUUACAUAUACGUUUUCUUUAACUAUUCACUAUAACGAAAAUAAAAAUUCAUUCAAGUUAAAGCAUGGA